UCAAAAUGGCGGCGGGUUUUUCCAUCAAAGUCGACGGAUCAGUUUUGGAGUAGGUGAUCCCGUACAUUCUCCCGAAUAAUCCCCAUUCACAAUCAUCCCUGAUAAUUCCAAAGUGUCGCUCAACCCUCGAAUAAAUUAUUCCAUAAAAAAGUCCAAUUAUUUAGACAGUAAAUUCCCCAGUGCUGCCACUCACUUCGAAACAGGUGUCCCCACCAAAAAACCCUCGCCCCCCAGAAUAGUGUUUUCGAUGUAAAACUCGUAAAACAGCAGUCGUGGGGAGGAUCCCAUCAGUGAAUCAGUUGAAGUAUUUCUGCUGUUGAUUUUACCAGAAGAUGUGCACCUGCAAGGAAUUUCAUCGCCACUAGGUCAUAGCAGUAAAAAAGAAAAUAAAUCCACGAGAGCAAUGACAGGGGCCAGAAGGUGUCCCUGAGGUGACGUCAAAUCCUACGAGAAAAGUUAGCAGAUCUCCAGGAUCAUCACGAAAAAAAAUCCCUGAACAAUAGGAUUACACAAGCACUUGCUGACUGACAAGAAAAAAUAACAAGUAAAUGUAAAAAUGUUUCGCUCAAAGAUUCGCAUUCACACGUGCCAAGUGAUACUGCUGACUUCUCUGGUAUGGUUCCUGGUGGAUGUAAUCGUGAUAAUGCUGUACUCUGAUUGUAUAAGUGGUACAGGAUGGGGUUGUCCUGAGACUAAACAAAUAACCGAGGACAUACCCCACGCCGAUAGCCUGAAGAGCGAGAUGGUAUCAUCAGUGGACUCGCAGCUGAAUAGAAAUUGGAAUUUUAAAAUGUGGCGUCCAGCCAGAGUUGUCAAGGAGAACAAGGGUAAACCUGGUGAACUUGGGAGUCCAGUGAGGAUUGGUCCAGAGGAUGAGGCCAAGCAGCAGGAGCUAUUCAAGCUUAAUCAAUUUAAUUUGAUGGCGAGUGACAUGAUAUCGCUUAAUCGAUCACUCAAGGAUGUCAGGCUUGAUGGAUGCAAGAGCAAGAAGUACCAGAAGAAACUUCCUGACACCAGUAUUGUUAUUGUUUUUCACAAUGAAGCUUGGAGUACACUCCUCAGGACAGUCUGGUCGGUGAUCAAUAGGUCGCCCACUACACUGCUCAAGGAGAUAAUUCUGGUCGACGAUUGCAGUGACAGAGAACACCUGAAACAAGACCUCGAGGAUUACGUGAAGACUCUUCCAGUGGCGACUUAUGUGUACCGAAUGGAAAAACGAUCGGGACUUAUUAGAGCUAGACUACUGGGUGCUGAAAAAGUUAAAGGACAGGUGAUAACAUUUUUGGACGCUCACUGUGAGUGCACCGAGGGUUGGCUGGAGCCGCUUCUCAGUAGAAUAGCUUAUGACAGAAAAACCGUUGUCUGUCCCAUAAUCGAUGUUAUCAGCGAUGACACCUUUGAGUACAUCACAGCGAGCGAUAUGACGUGGGGUGGAUUCAACUGGAAACUCAAUUUCAGAUGGUAUCGAGUCGCCCAGAGGGAGAUGGACAGGCGUAAUGGAGACAGGACAGCACCAUUAAGGACACCCACCAUGGCUGGAGGACUCUUCUCCAUUGAUAAAGAUUAUUUUUACGAGCUCGGGGCUUAUGACGAGGGUAUGGACAUCUGGGGUGGGGAAAAUCUCGAGAUGAGCUUCAGGGUGUGGCAGUGCGGUGGAACAUUAGAAAUAGCUCCAUGUUCCCACGUGGGCCAUGUAUUCCGUGACAAAUCACCGUACACAUUCCCUGGUGGUGUCAGCAAGAUUGUACUUCACAAUGCUGCUAGGGUAGCCGAGGUCUGGAUGGAUGAGUGGAGAGACUUUUACUAUGCCAUGAAUCCAGGUGCCAGGAGUGUCCCAGUGGGUGAUGUCUCCGAGAGAGUCGAAUUGCGGAGGAAAAUGAAGUGCAAGAGCUUCCGGUGGUACCUGGAGAACAUUUAUCCAGAGUCACCGAUGCCUCUGGAUUACUAUUACCUCGGGGAUGUCAAGAAUGUCGAGAUGAAAAAUUGCCUGGACACAAUGGGCAGGAGAACAGGAGAAACUGUUGGGUUGAGUUAUUGUCAUGGGCUUGGGGGUAAUCAGGUGUUUGCAUACACGAAGAGGCAGCAGAUAAUGUCUGAUGACAUGUGCCUCGAUGCAGCGAGUCCUCAGGGUCCAGUGAAAAUAGUCCGGUGUCACGGAAUGGGGGGAAAUCAAGCAUGGGUAUAUAAUGAAGAAACUAGAAUGAUCAGACACACAAACACUGGUCAUUGCCUGUCGAUACCACCCCCUGGUGAUGCAGCCCAACCAGUGUUAUCGCCCUGUGAUACUCACAAUUCUGGCCAGAAAUGGAUAAUGAAGACGAAAUUCAAGUGGCAGGCGAGCUAAUACACACCCAAACACGAAUCAACCAGCAGGCAAUACUUGUUAAUGUAUUUAUCAAAUUCUAAUUUCGAAAAUGACUCUGGGCGAGUUAUGAACGAGUGGUUGUGAAUUCGUGUGUCUCGAGUAGCUGAUAAUUGAUGAAUAAUCAUUAAUCAAAUGAGUGUGGAGAUGAGUGAAAUGACGUUUUCGUGGGUUAUUAUUAAUUAAGGGAGAAAGAGUAACAGAUAGUGCAGUAUGGAGCAUUUACUGCCAUUUUUUAUGGUAUGCCUUGAUGAUAAUUGCACGUGGGAGGUAAACCCUAACGCUUCUGUGAGUCGAGCAAUAAAUCGAUAUGCAAGGUAUUAUCAGAGUGAUUGCAAAAAUUCUGCAAGAGUCUAAGCAUAUCAGACCACUGUUGAAAAAAUAAUUGUUGAUAUAGAGAAUAAUUUACUUCGAUACAUAAGUUUUUCCAGGUUUCAUUACUUUAUUUUUAUUACGACGAGUGCAAUUGGGUUUUGAAUGGAAAAUUUAAUAGAAAAAUCUGACGUUCAUUUCGAAUAAUUCAAUGGAUUUUCGACGAGAAAUUUUAAUUCUUCUGAUGUAUUAAGGGAGAUUAAAAGCCAGUGAGAGAAAAAUUUCAAUUAGAAAAUUUCUGGGAGAUUUACUAUAGAAAAAAAUCCACAGAGUGAAUGAUUUUAAAUUCAAUGGUAUAUUUGUGGAGAGAAAAAACGUCCGGCUUUUCUAUUGAUUUAUUUCAGACGUCAGUAUAAAUACUGUCUUGAGAUUGAGACAUUGUUUGAAUGUAGGGCGCAAUGAUGAAUUACUUAGAAUAAUGUAGAAUUCCUUUGGAAGUGUGCGGGCAAAGAGUCCUUUCAAGUUCCUCACGCUACGAUGAUUAAAACAUAAUUAAAAUACUAAUGAGAAUAUCGAUCUUCAAGACUGUACUUAUCAUUCAGAUCUGUCUUAGGGGUUUCUUAGUUACCAGGUCUGUAGUUCAUGGAAAUGAGAAAAAACGGAAUAACGGUGGAAUAAAUAGAAAGAGUAGAUUAAUGGAAAAAGAACGAGCCAGAGAAAUUUUAGCGCCGAAAAAUCGCUUGAUAUUUUUUCCCCGAAUUCUGGAGAUUAUCAGAUUAAAUUACUCUUCACCCUUGAAAAAUACUCGUUACCUCAUUUCAAUUAAUUACUGGAUCGAUAGCAUCCUCUGACGCUCUUCCCACUUAUUUAAUUGCUCAUGAUUAUUGAAAAUUGUACUCGUUACAGUUGCGACACUUCGAUCAUUUAAUUCUCUAAUUAGCGAACAAUGAAUAUUCGGACAAUACUUGCACUCAAAUAAUAAUAGUCCUAGAGAAGAAAUGAGAGAAAAUGUUUUGGUGGGAGUUCCUCGAGGCUUCGAUUGUAUUUAAUGAAUUUCUUUAAUUAACUGCAGUAUUUAUUCUUGUACAGACCCUAGAAUUUCUCCUGUAUGAUUGAGACGAGUGAAAAUAAAUCAUAAAAUCAGUUGUUAUUUUCCCCCUUUUAAAUGUACUAAAGGAUAAUUCAAGUGUUGUGACAGAACCAAUUGUUCUAAUUCCUUCGUUCUUCCAGUUGAAUUUACUUGUAAUUAAUUGAACAAAUUUAUAAAUUUUCUUCUGUAUAUUUUUGUGUACGAGUUGUUCAUGUGAUGAAGGACUGGAUAAUGUCUCGACAGUAUUUUAUCCUAAUUAUCCGUUAAUUUAAAAUUUUUUUUCUCUUUCGAUAAUGUUAGAAUACUUUAAUAUCUUGCUCCAUUCCAUCAGCACAUCAACUUUUUAAUGAACAGAGAAACUUUCCAUCUUGCUUGUAGAUCUAUGAAUAUCGAUAAA